AUGUCAGCACAGGCGGAAGUGGGAUGCUCACAAUCCCUAGCUUUCGGAUUGGAUUAUGGAGUGAAUCCCACUAGAGAACCUGGUCCCGGAUCAUUGUAUACCCGGUGGGGCAGAACUACUUGUCCUACUAAUUCAAGCCUUGUAUAUGACGGUGUGGCUGGUGGACAAUGGUACGACCACACAGGUGGCGGAAGUAAUCUCUUAUGUCUACCUAACGAUCCCAUUUGGGCCAAUUAUACUACAAAAGUUGAAGAAGGUGGUCACAUUUAUGGCAGUGAAUAUCAACUACAGGAUUACGACACCAAUACCAUCUUUUCUUUUGCUAACGCUAAAUCACUUCAUGAUCACAACGUUCCGUGCGCUGUCUGUUUGACACGACAACCUGCUGUUGUUAUGACGUUACCAGCCAGAACACAGUGUUACGCUGGUUGGACGGCUGAGUAUUCAGGAUAUUUGAUGGCCAAUUAUUACGGGCAUAAAGGCAGACAUGAAUAUGAGUGUGUGGACUACGCACCAGAAGCUGAUCCAGCAGGUUACAGAAACGAAGAUGGAGCUGUUUUAUAUUUCGUUCAGGCUGCUUGUGGUUCGUUGCCAU